UCUGGCACCCCUGACUAACUUUUGUCAGAAGAGACUCCCCCCCCGGACCAGUGCUUUCCGUGGACGAAGAGUACCCUGCAUCUCCUGCUCCAAUUAAGAGGAAACAUCUUGUCGCUCUCUCUGUAAUCUUUUAGAAGAGAAUAAGUUGAUAGACGUCUGGGAAGAAAUUUGUCACCCCCCUGCAAUUGUUAUACUGUCUACAGUUGUGAUUGCAUGAGUUUGGCAAACCGGUAUCUCACGGUCUGUAGGUGACCUCUCGUGACCAAACCUGGUAAAACAGUCCGUUCUGAUAUAGACCAUAAGAAUCUUUUAGGAAAACCCCUAUAAGAAAAGUGGGAGGGACCUUUCCAAGUGCUGCUGACUACCUUCACCGCGGUUCGGAUCAAGGAGCGACCUACGUGGAUCCAUUACUCACGAGUCAAGAAAGCUCCGGAGAAUAAACAAGAGGAGCAGACAUCAUGAUCCUGACUCCACCGCAGAUCUUCACAACCCUGAUCAUUGGACUAAUGAUAAGUAUAGUUCUUCCCCAAGGCUCUGUCUCAAUAGACCCAUGGUCUAAUGCACACCAGUGUAUCCACCCGGAGUUGGAAACGGGACCGAAGGGGCCCUACUUUGAGGUUUAUGCCUUACGUAACAAUCAGCCAUAUGCGAGUAAAGUAUGGGAUCAGCCCUCCAUGGUAGCGUACGAGGGAGACCAAAUCCAAAUUGGGUGUCGAGAGCUUGACCCAAUAGAAGGAAAAACAAGGCAGCUAGUAUUAACAAUUCAACCCUUGAUGGCAGCCUCUGAACACAACCUAAUCACCUUUAGUCCAGUGAAAAUGGGGAAACCCACUGUCUGGAUUCAGCAAAAGGGCCCAAUUUCAUGCCAGUGGAGUGACUUCGGGGAAGAUCCACCCGGAUCACAACCCCGAAAUUCAGUAGUUUAUAGAAAAGAUCCGCUUGGGGAACUACAUCCUGAAAACAUAACCCUUGACUUACACCCUCUUCUCUUUUCUGCGGGAAAGAUUGUAGCAUCUAAUGGUCCUGAGGAAGGGAAAGCACAGUGUGCUUAGAUUGGAUCAGUCGAUGACGUUCACAUGUGAAAGGGAGCUGAAAGCCCUGGAAAUGGGUUUUGGCUUCCCUAAGUGUGCUGUCGCAUAUAAGGUAGCAUUACUGGAAGAUGUGAUUCCAUUGUAUCCAGAUCUAGACUUGCCCCAAGAAACCACUCCACCGGUGGUAUGUAAAGUAGUACAUAACCUAACCUUUAUAGGGCCUCAGGUGAUAAGAAAAUCUAAUGAACAAAAAUUAUUGUUAGACCCCACUUAUUCCCUGAAAAAGGUGCAGAUGAACUUCCACACCGAUAUUACGUAUUUGCAGAAGGAUUGCCAACCGUUUAUACAGCAAAGCCUUAAGGGAUGGAGUGCAUGGCUAGCAACAAGGUCUCAUCAUAGAAGAGCACAAAGAGAUUUGAGUGGGUGGAUUGGCACUGGAUUUGGUAUAUUAAACACGAUAGAUCAAGAAGUAUUAGUGAAUAAAUUAAGUACCGUCACGUCGAACUUAGGAAAACUAAAAAUGCCCCUCAGUUCAUCCAUGCUUACAUUAGCAGAAACACAAUCGCUAGUAGCAAAAUUGCUAACCAUGGUAGCAAACCACACUGAAGAGGAUUUUUUGAAGUUCGCUAACUAUACAGGGGAACUUAGCAAGGAAAUUGCACUAGCUAUCCAGUGCCCUCAGACACAACAAUGGGUACAAUCAGUAGCGGCAGGAAUACUGAGAGAAGGAACGUCAGGUAUAUUACCUCAAGAGAUAAGAGAAACAAUAUUAAAGGAUAAUCAUACUACACAAUUUGAGAAGGACCACCAAGCCUGGUGGCAAUUAGUAAAUUUCACUUAUGAGCCUCAACAGGAACACAUUGAAGCCUAUGUCCUCACCAUUAGUGCAGCAGAGGAAAGAGCUAUCUUUCCUAUCCUCACUCUAGGGACAAUACAUCAAGAUGUUAUUGUCAGGCCAAUAGACCAUAAUGUCUGGGCUAGUUAUGAUAAUACCAAAAAUAGGUGGCAAUCAGUUAGCACAGAAGCAUGUAUUCCUAGAGGACAAUUAGGCUAUGUUUGUGAAAACGCUGUAGUAGAAGCAGAAGAUCUAUGCUUAGAUGCCGAGAACAAGUAUGUACCUUUGAAAUGCUUCCGCAUAAUAGAACACAAUCACAAGUUUAUUAUAUAGGGAAUGGGUGCGCUUGCGUGAGGACAGCUUGUGACAAUGUCACCAUAGAUAAUUGCCAAGAAAAGACUAAUAAUACUAACUUCUUUGUAUGCAACUUCACCAAGAUAGUAGGUUGUGAUUUUCAUUAUACUGUCCCAAUAACUACUGAACAGCUAAUUAACGCAGAUUUCGACCUAUAUCAAGAGAUACCGAAAUUACAAAUAGGGAUGGACAUCGAAGUUCUUAAAGCAAUGCUCACACAUCCUAAAGUAAAGGAAUUGAUACAAAAGGUAAAUCAAACAACCAAACGAAUGGUAUGGCAGGUAGAACAUAAUUCAGAAAAGAUAAAGAAUGUCUUGACUAAAGUAGAACAAGUAGGCCAGCAUCAUUGGUGGGAUAUCUUUGUGGGAUACUCCCCAACAUCUACACAAGUCUUUAACUAUCUGGUGCACCCAACGCUAAUAAUAAUCAUAGUUCUGUUACUAUUAACUCUCACAAAUAUUUGUAUGUGGUGGAGACUGAGAAUCAUAAUGAAAAGAACCCAAAUGAUCUGGGCUAUGGUACGAGCAUAUCAGCGCCCUACAGGGUUAGAAUUUGACGAAAGAAUUCGUAAGUUAUAAGAAAAGGGGGGAAAUGAAGCCAUUUAUUAUAAUGGCUAAUAGCUUCUGAAAAAUAAAAAAAUUAAAAGACACUUAAAAUAUAUCAAGGGAAUCGCAGCAGUUAAUAAAUAACCUAAAAUACACUUUCAGGAAGAACUUUGAUCAGAUAUUUAGAUAAGGCAAUGCAAAACACACUCACAAUAUUUGGAUAAGGUAAUCUAAAAUACACUCACAGAAGAAACUUUGGAAUUAGAGUAUUUGAAGAAACAGAAGUGGAAGCCAAUAAGUUAAAGUGACCUGCCAAGCCGCUAGGAUCAAGCCAAGUACAACAGUAACUCCGGCCAAGCCAUGGAAAAACAUGCCAAAGAUAACAGGAAGAAGUCCAAAUUAGGAAAAGCUUAAAAUUUAACUAAGGAAAACCAGGAAUUCCCGGAAGACCCCGCCUGCCUAUGAAUAUGCAUGUAAUAAAUGAUGUAAUCCCUGUUUAAAAUUGUAUAAAAACCCGCUUUUGCUGUACAUGAUUUAGAAAUCCAUUUUGUGAUUUCUCCGACGCGUCGUAAUAAAAUACCUCCUGCUUA